AUGUCAACCGUAGCCAUUGUAGGAAGUGGUGUGAUAGGUCUCAGCACCGCGUAUGAGCUUUUAUCCUCUCCAAAUUUGAAGGUAAAACAGCUUCACAUCAUUGCUCAGCAUUUUCCGGGUGAGUCUCCUAUCAGCCACGAAUAUACGUCUGCUUGGGCAGGAGCUCAUUUUAGGCCCUUUCCACACCGUCCGGAGACGUUCGAAAGUGAUGCCAGAGAGUCGAAGUACACCCGGCUCACGUAUAAACGCAUGAGGGAGAUAGCAGCACAUUUCCCAGAGUCUACAAUAGAGUUCAUGUCUGGUAUUGAUUAUCUAGAGAAUCCAACUUUGGAGUAUGAUGGACAAAGUCCCGGCUUUAACGCCACAAGUCUCGAAGAAUUCGUUGAAUUGCCUGAGAGCGCAUUGCCGCAAGCUGUUCAAGCCGGCUUCCAAUACAAGACAUAUUGUCUCAACGCUCCAGAAUACUUAGAGUUUUUGCAAAACCAAGUCUGUCGCUUGAGUAGGGCGAGAAAUGUUUCUCUGGAGCUUAAGCGGAUGACCUUACAGAGCUUGUCCCAAGUAUUUGAGAUCUGCAACAACUGUUCAGUAGUAUUCAACUGCUCGGGGAGAGGACUACAGUUCGACGGCUCGUAUGAUGUCAAGUCCUUUGGCAUCAGGGGCCAAACAUUGCUCCUACAAGUGCCUCAUGACACCAAAUAUAAGAAGCUCACCGUUACGCAUCAGGACAAGAAUGGUAAUUGGACGUUUGUUAUUAAAAGGCCUGGUUUGCAUGGCAAACAAGCCCGGUACAUUCUGGGUGGUACUAAACAAGUUAAUUAUAACAAUGUCACUCCUUCCGAAAUGGAUACUACUGCAAUUAUUGAAAGGGGCCGUGUUCUGUUCCCGGAACUAAUGGUCCAAAAUAAAUUUUUGGUAGAACGCAUCAAUGUCGGUUUUAGACCUGCCAGAGUAGGGGGUAGUCGUGUUGAGCUUGAGAAAACUUCUCGGGGACCCAUCAUUCAUGCUUAUGGGCUAGGUGGCAUGGGGUUCGAGACUUCUUUUGGAGUUGCUGACCACUCGCUAAAACUUUACGGCCAAACUUUAGGGCUUGCGAAGCUUUAG